AAUUUCCUCCUUUUUUCCAUCGAUGACCAGGCUCCAGGCCGAUAGGUGGCGCUGAAUACACUUUAAGUUGUUUUGCCAACUGUAAAAGAAUAAAAGAGAAUAAGACAGCGUGAUGAAACUUCCUCCAUGCUCUCCAAUCCCCCCAUAGAGCAGGUUCAACAGACACCAUGGAUGUGCUGUAUAGUCCUCUGGGCUGGGGCGUCGUCGCCGGGCUGGGCUGCGGACUCCUCCUAGGCUGGCACCUCCGCACGCGUCUUGGCCCCAUAUCCAAGAGCCUGAUGAAAGCGAUGGGGAACGGCACCGAGGAGGCCAGCGUGAUGGGGGAGGGAGGGGAGUUCAAGAUGGUUCUGGUGGUCCGGAAUGACCUGAAGAUGGGCAAAGGGAAGGUGGCGGCUCAGUGCUCUCAUGCUGCAGUGAGCGCCUAUAAGCAGGUUCAGCGCAGGAGUCCUGAGCUGCUCAAACAGUGGGAGUACUGCGGCCAGCCCAAGGUGGUGGUGAAGGCCCCUGAUGAGGACACCCUGAUAGAUCUGAUGGGCCGAGCCAGGGAGGCGGGACUCGCCGUCAGCCUCAUCCAGGAUGCAGGAAGGACACAGAUUGCACCCGGCUCUCGCACCGUGCUGGGCGUCGGUCCUGGUCCAGCGGAUCUAGUUGACAGCGUCACUGGAGAACUGAAGCUCUACUAAAGUUGUUCUUUGUUUUUUAAAUAUACAAUUGCAUCUUCCAAACAAGAACUAUCAUGACAUUUUUUUUUGUGAAUAUUAAUGCGGAUCUGUUUUGUAAUUAAAUUUAAACGAUGACCUACAGAAAGAACAGACUUUAUAUGUGAUUUGUUAAAUAAAAUAAUAAUGGGUUCAAUUACCAA